AUGUCAGGAGCCUGGCCCUUCGAUUCCGACUCCAUGGAUGUUUACGCGAAGGUUCUGAACCGAAUCGAUGCGGUCGACUUCGGAGUGCUCCCGGAAGAUCUGGUGGCUUUGGUGAAGGGCCUAUGCGACAGCGAUCCGGCCAAGCGAUUGGCAACGAAAGGAGGCAUUCAGCACAUCAAGACCCACCCGUGGUUUACGGGCUUCGAGUGGAGCCAGCUGGAAAGUCUGUCAAUGCCGCCCCCGUAUGAUGACGAGGAUCCAGACUGUGGCUGGGACAAAGACUUCGCCACCAGUGAGUGA